CUGUAAUUACGAAGUGUUUUUAAAAAUGUGUUUAAAUUAUGUUUUAAUAUUCACAAUAUGCAGGCUAGCAUUUAGAUUUAUGCCAAAGAGUGCGAUUUAAAAGAAGUAGAGAGAGCUUUUUUCUGCCCAUGAUGCCUAUAAUGUUACAUGGGGUAGGCCUAAUACACAUGGAUAUUCGGAGGAAGUAAACCAAAAAUGUCCAACAGCUGUUUGCUGUUUAAUCUGCAGCCGUCAGAUCCUGCAGGUCUUUGAUUGGGAAACCCAAUCCACAUGAAUGACUGAACUAAACCUUCCCUUAAUCUAGGGCCCUUAAUGGGCUUCCGGUCUUUUGCAUGCAAAUCAGGAAGCUUGCAUUUUAAUACGGGGAGAAGAUGCAUCAUUAAAAUGUGCACGGAAAGGCGAAGAGUGUUGCAACAAACAAGCAAACAGAAAAUAAUGAUUGCAACAAUAGCGUUAAUGAAGUGCGCGCGCGGUCACCUCUGUAAUUGACAGGUCAUCUGCACUCCGUCACGUCCGGUAUGAAUAAAUGCUGUGAUCCCAGUAGGCUGAUGUGUCAUUAGCAUAUUCUAACAACAUUGAUUUCUUCAUUAAUGCAUUUUUUUCUUAACUAAUUGGCCUUAAUUAGUUUCAACUGGUUCACUGUAAUGAUUGAUCCCUCUUAAUCAGAGACUUGAUUCCUUAAUUCUCUCUUUCUGACAUGGCUUCGGCUGUAGGCCUAUAAGGGCGCUCGUUUCUCUUCCUCUUCGUCGUGAAUAUUCGGAAGACUUCGUCAUUUGUAGGAGCAGCAACAACGGGUCGGAAUUGAUAACUGGUGAUGCCUCAGCUUGAAUAUUAAAGAAGUCUGUGAUGUUUAGAUGGUCAGCUAUUAAUGAGGCCUUACACAUUCAAAUAGGCCUGAAAGCAGACAGCAACAGGCAAUUCAUUAAUCCGUUUUAUUCACGAUCAUUCAAGAUAAUUUAAGAUGAUUUCAUAUAGCAGGCCUUAUAGGGCUUCUAGAUUUAAUUUACUUCGAAUUCUGCUCUAAAAUUGUCCUUUCUCCGUUGAGUGACAGCUGCUCGCUCGAUUUAGAGAACAGACGUGGGCUUCAUAUGGUGAGAGAGUUGAGAGAUAUGGUUUAUGUCUCUAUGCCGGCCGCCCUCCAACCUAAACCCCUGAUUGAACGAAACACCACAAAAAAAGAUGUAAUCGCUUUCGAUGUUUUAUAAAAAAAAACUAUUAUGAAAUUGGCAAUUAGGACACGUUUUCCUCGCUUGACCCAACACAAAAUUAAAUAAAAGUUUCAGAAUGCAAAAACGGAGUAAAAGUAAUAGGUAAAUGUGACUUACACAUAAUAAAUUUAGUCCAAGAGGCCAAUUAAGAUUUAUUCCCCAUCAUAUUGUCAAUCCAAUUAUUUCGGACAUAAAUUAGCUGCCGGCCCAUCCAGCCGUCAAUAAGAGGCCCGAUCGGGGUUUGUGUUAUGAUGUUGCUGAACAAUCCCCCGUUUCUCUAUUUUUAGAUCAAGCACUGGCCCAUAUUAGGGUUUUAAUUUCUCUGAGGAAACGGUGUGAUUUAAUCUGCUGUGGUGGGAUUAUAUCUCCGCGUCCAGCUGUCGCUCCGACGGCCCUUUGAUGGCGCGUGUGAUGCUUCUGCUCAGCAUCUGGAAACAGCCCGUCUAUGUGUGUGAAACAUUCGACACCAUAGCUAGGUCUCCAUUGAUCUGUUAAUUAGAAAAAUCAUGCUUGUUUAUUUCUGGAAGCUGAAAAGAUUUUUUGUUGUUGUUGAUUAUCUUCAUGCAAAAUAAUCUUUCGCUACCUUGGAUUUUGUGGCAUCAAAAUGUUCGCUAGUUCUUCAUCUUAAAAUGCUCAACAAACGUAGACUAUAGCUUGUUGUGUGUGUCGUAUUCCUCUCUGUGCGCCCUGGUCCGUGUGGUUUAUGUUGUGGAGGAACCAGCUCCAGAUCCGAGAGGGCGUUUAAACGCAUCCAUGAUCCACAGGAAUCCUCAACAGCUUCCUUGCAGCUGAUUGGCUGCUGAGUCCUGACUCCUUUCGGGAUGGACCUGUUGGAUAAAAGGACCGUUUUCUAAAAGCUUUAGUGCCGCGUUGCACAGUGGAUCAUGCACUGGGGACUACCAUCCACACGAAACGGGCAAAUAUCACCCAAACACAGAGACUAAAUGACGGGGAAGCAAGGCGCCUUGCUGUCGGAAACUUUCAACCCAUCCAAAAUGUCACUGGGCGGAAACGGAGGAGCCGUGAACGGGCAUCUGUUGAAGAGCACCGCCACGCACCCUCCGAAAUGCACGGGCUUCGGGAUCCAUGAGAUACUGGGGCUGAAUAAGGAGCCCUCCGUGCCCCCCGGCAGCCCGCUGCAGGCUCUGCCGCCCGGUGCGCAUCUGCUGGCUGCUCGGUCCAUGCUGGGCCCGGCCGCAGUGGGCGUCGGGAUGGGACUACUCGGGCCCGGCGGGAUCCCGUCCUUCUACAGCCAGCCUGCGUUUCUGGAAGUGCUGUCGGACGCACAAAACGUUCACCUGCAACCCCACCAUAGAUCACUGGGACGGCUGGACGUGGGCCAGUCCACUGCCAGCUCAGAUUCGGAGGAUUUCUCUUCCAAUGAACGAAAGAUCUCCAAGUCUUCCAUAAAUCAGAGCAAGAAACGCAAGAAAAGACGUCACCGGACCAUAUUCACCUCGUACCAGCUGGAGGAGCUGGAGAAGGCCUUCAAUGAAGCCCACUACCCUGAUGUUUAUGCCCGGGAGAUGCUGGCCAUGAAGACAGAGCUCCCUGAGGACAGGAUACAGGUGUGGUUCCAGAACCGCAGGGCCAAGUGGAGGAAGCGGGAGAAGUGCUGGGGCCGCAGCAGCGUCAUGGCGGAGUACGGCCUGUACGGGGCCAUGGUGCGCCACUCCAUCCCCCUCCCCGAGUCCAUCCUCAAGUCGGCCAAGGACGGCGUCAUGGAGUCCUGCGCCCCCUGGCUGCUCGUCCAAGACGGCUUUCCGCUCUGCCGACGCUAUUCUAAAUCUGAAUACCCGCAAUUCUUUGCAGGGAUGCACAAGAAGUCCAUGGAGGCCGUGGUGCCCCCGCCGUCGGGCCUCAAACCGGACCACGCCCAGCAGCCCGCUCUCACCCCCAUCCCCACCAACCCCGCCGCCGCCGCCAUGGCUCUGGCUCAGCGGGCCGACGGCAGCGACGGCGAGGACAAGCGCCCCCCGGAGAGCGAGCGCUCCCCCAUCUCCAAGGAGGAGCUGAGAGAGAACAGCAUCGCCGCACUCAGGGCCAAGGCCCAGGAGCACAGCGCCAAGGUGCUGGGGUCGGCCUCCUGCGACAGGGCACCACCGGAGGGCCAGGACGAGAGGCCGGCCCCCGCCCCCGAGGAGAGCCCCAGAGACCCUUUGAGCCCAGCGAAGGACACCCAAGGUCCCUAGAGAUUGGAAGGGGGCCGGGGGGGGGGGGGGGGGGGGGGUGCUGAAGGACCGGACUGCCCGCCACAGGUGUGAGGACCACGGCUAGGUCCUCUGACCCCCGUUCUAGAUCACUGAGGGGAACGGCAUCACCGCAGGGCGUCCUUUAGCACAACGUGGGGUUUUCGUGUGAAAGAACAGUGCACUUUUUUUUUUUUCUUGUUUUUGUUGACGACUUUUGACGAGUCGUGUUGCUUAGAGUCCACGGACUCUAGUGCUGGGCGCGGCUGGUCGUGCGUGUGUAUAUAUCCACAGCUGUGCUUAUCACGCGAAAAAUGUGGUUUCAGUUCAUGUUUGUUAUACCAGACGACGGAGGAUUGUCCAGUCGGUCCACAUUCUAUCAUCUCAUUUUGGUCUGUGUUGACGGAAUUGCUUGUACAGCUCUUAAAAUAUAUCUUUGGUAUAAAGGUGACAUUACGAAUAUAAUGACAAACAUCCGACAAGACUCUUUUGAGAGAAUGAUGGUAAAUCUGUCCGAUAUUGCUGUGUACAUAUGGAAAUAAAAUAAUAACGUAAAUAUUGAAUAACAUUUUGUUGUAGUCUAGAAGUUUGUGUUUUGACUCCGAAAAAUGUAAAAAGCAAAGUGAAACCCAAGCAUUAAAUUGGUAUCGGCUUUUGUUUUUCAAAUGUA